AAUAGUCAGCAUAUUACCUGUCCGUACUAUUGCUAGUUUAUAAGAAAAUCACUCGGAGGAAAAUUGACCAGUGAGUGUGAAUUAUUUAUUAAAGUGCUAAGUCGAUCCUCAAGGUUUUCUAUAGUUGCGAUUGCAAUGAACGUAAUCGCAAAUAGUGUAGGAAGGUGACUGACAUAUUAUUGUUCGUGAUGUCCAGUGGUAAACUUUGACUAAAGAUUUACUUGGAGGAGGACAAAGCGAGCUCUCUUACUCUCGGCAUCAGAUUUUUAAAUUUAAAAUGAUCAAAGAGUAGGAGUUUUAUCGCGAGAGCGGGAGAGCUGAAGGAACUUCCGCGGCGCAAAGACAGUAAGCAGGGACAUGAGCUCGGGAUUAAAAGUGUUUUUGGUGUUGGAGUUUCUGGCGGCAUGGAGUUCAAGUUUAUCACAGCCAAUAUUAUUGAAAAAUAAUUACAAGGGACUGAAUGGAGUUUUACCCAGUGGUAGAUUAAGUUCCGCCGGUUUAAAACGUGUCGUUUAUUUCCAUGAUCAGACAGUUGCUGUAGUGGACAUUAAUGAAAAUAAUGAAAUGCUCAAGUGUGAUAUUAUUGAAGUUUACGAACCAAAUGAAGCCAAAGAAGUGCUUGGAAAUCUUUCGAUUUCGUCUUAUCCGACAGAAGUAUUAUUUUCCCAGAUGACGAGUUUGAUGUAUCGAUGUGAGAUGUUAGAUAGGAUCCAAAGAUCUCAAGCUAGAGUUAAGAGCACACCCAAAGGAGCCUUUGAACGAGCGAACAUGUUUGGCACUCAUGCACUUAAUUUAUUUUCUGGUAUAUUACCAGGUACUAAAUGGUGCGGAACUGGAGACAUUGCCGAUAAUUAUCAUGAUCUUGGGUCAGAUACUGAAAUCGAUCAAUGCUGUCGGACUCACGAUCUGUGUCCGGUUAAAAUUCGCGCGCAACGCAGUCGCUAUAAUCUUACUAAUUACUCGCUGUACAGCAAAUCUCAUUGUGAUUGUGACAAUGCAUUCUAUCAAUGUCUAAAGAAUUUAGACAGUCCAACGGCCAGUAUUAUGGGUAAACUUUAUUUCAAUGUCGUUAAAAUCGGUUGUAUUGAAGAUCUAGCUGAAAAUAUUAACGCAUUAUCAAAAAUGUCGCCCAGAAGAAGAUUCUCAGCUACGCGAUUAUCGUUUUAAUAUUUAUAAGUAGUUAGUUAUCUAUGUAAAAAAACAAAUAUUUAUCAUUGUCCUUCCAUAAUAUUUAUAAUUCAUUGUUAACUUAGUUUAUUUAUUUAAAUAUAUACCUGUCACAAGUUG